UGAAAGUGGAAACUGAUGAAUUCUUGAAACUCGUUCACUCGACGAAGUGGUUUCAAGAAAGCUCGGAUUCGCUCUAAACCUAAAAAUAAGGUCUCAAAGAAGGUAGGCAGCAACCUUUUUGCUUGAGUGGAAAUCGUGAACGACAAGCAAGAUGAAAAAUUACUACAAAGUUGUCGAUGAACAGAGAAGUUUGAAGGAUGCUAUUUAUAACCUCAAACGGAAAUUAGAACAUAAUAGCUCACGGUUUAUAGCUGUUGAUUGUGAAGGAGUUUCUUUGAGUAGACAUGGAGCACUUACAAUUAUAGCAGUCGCAACUGAGGAAGAAGUCUACAUAUUUGAUGUCUAUAAGUUGGGAAAGUUUACAUUCAGUGGUGGACUGAGUCAAAUCCUUGAAGACAAGUCGUGCACGAAGCUGAUGUUUGAUUGCCGAGAGGAUUCAGAUGCUCUCUGGCAUCAGUUUAACGUAAGACUGACAGGUAUUUUGGAUUUGCAGCUCCUUGAAAUCCUCUACCGUCGUGAAAACGACUCAGCGACUGGUCAGACCUUCUUCGGUGCGGGCCACUCUCAUCGUAAUCAAAGACCAAAUGAUCAAGUGGAGAGCAUUUUCGGUUUUCGUCGCUGCCUUGAGCUGUACGUCGGUGAUGAAAAUUUAAUCAAAAUGAAGGAUGAGGGAAGGUUUUUGUUGAAGAAUGAUGAAGAAAUAUGGAAGAAGAGACCUUUGUCAAAUGAGUUAAUACAAUAUUGUAUUGUUGAUACAUUGGCCAUGUUCAGUUUGUACGACAAGUUGAAGGGUAUCUUACAAGGUGCUGAUCAGAUUCGCCUACGAAUAGCAUCCGAGAGAUACGCUGAUUUCGUUCGAUGUAAAACCAAAAGGUAUUUUGACGAAUACGAGAAGAAUGCACUUCUUCCUCUUAACAUCAUACCUGAUAAAGGAAAUGUUUAUUUUCCCCGAGCUGAUACAGCAUGCACCUGCUGUCAUAGGUUGUUUCCAAGAGAUGAGUUCUGGUCGUCGGAACUCAGACGACGGGGGCAAAGAUGCAGGGUGUGUAAGGAGGUUGCCCGUCGCGCAGGUCUAAGAAUUCUCAGACACAACAGUUGGGCUCAGAACUGGAGAUACAGGGGCAUAGAACGGGUCGUCACCAAAUCCUCGAAAUUGGAUCCUUCAAAAGGGAAGACUCCUUGUCAUUUUGAUGCCAAGGAAAGGACAACUUCCACAGAGUUGGAUCCCAAGAAAGAAGAAAAUCCCUGGAAAUCUUGGGGGUGGAUUUUGUUCAUACUAGUUACCAUUGUGGCAGCAUUGUUACUGGUGGCAAUAUUUUAAGUCCAGAUGUUUUGUGCUCAACAAAGGACUUAUAUGCAGGGGUACUCUCUCAAUGUUGAUACUGUGAACCUUAAUAAUCUGAUGAAUCUCUCCUAACUUUAUUUGUCUCUGUUCUCAAGCUGAUUCAUGUUCUCUUUUCCGCUGAACAAAAGUAUAAAAGAAUGUUAACUCUUUAACUCCCAAGAUCUGGUUGUUAAUUCUCCUUUCUAGCUGCUACACAUUUCCUCGCAAAUUAGUUAUGUGAAUAUGGUAUUAGAUCAAGACAACAGCUUCUAACUGAUAAGUUUUGAGUAUCAUGACCUGUUUGCUGGAUGAUGUUUAGAUAUUACAGGCAGAUGUUACAUGUUAAUCACUUUUGAGAGUUAAAGGGUUAAGUUCUCCUUGAAUUUACAAACUUGUGUUUUGCUCAGGUUUACCAUUUACCUUAAUCCCCUUCUUCCCUUUAUUUUUGUAAAGAAAAUAGUUUGAACCAGGAACAAGCAGACAGUUGUAUAUUACCUGGUAAAUAAAGAGACUGUGGCAGUUCUUGAUGCCUUUGAA